AGUAAAAGAUGGAAUAUAACCAUAGAAACAGAAACGUCAAAGUAUUGCAUGGUCGGCUGCUUCUCGGAAAGCAGAGAUGGAGUUAAGGACCACCUUCCCUCCCUCUAUAUAGCCUUCGAUCCACCACAAACAUCGUCAUUCGUAUUCAUUCAUUUUCAUUCAACAAACAUUCAACUUUGGGACAAGAAGAGUCUGUAAGAUUGAGAGACAUUUGUCUGGUAGAGAAAACGAAAAUGGGUGUCUUAAAAACGCUCUUGUUUUCAGUGGGUUUUGUGUUGACAAUCUUUAGGGGAUUGAUCUCUGUGUCUUUAGGAGCAGCAGAUGUAUUCCCAAUCUAUCCCAAGAAUGAGCAAUUUGAGGUCUCCUCAUUAGUUGAACAGGAUACUCAGAGAAUUGGGAGGAGAUUACAGGCAGCAGCAAAGACUACCGUAUUCAACGUGCAAGGCAAUGUUUUUCCAGAUGGGAUUUACUAUGUGAUUGCGUAUAUUGGUAACCCCGCCAAGGAAUAUUAUCUGGAUGUAGAUACUGGCAGUGAUUUAACUUGGCUUCAGUGUGACGCCCCCUGCCGAAGUUGUGCCAAGACAACCCAUAAAUAUUACAAACCAAACCCACGCUCAGGGGUAUCAUGCAACGAUCCUCUGUGUGUAGCUGUGCAGGGACCGGACCGUAGAAGAUAUAACUGCCAGAGUUCUAAUCAGCAAUGUGAUUAUGAUAUUAAAUAUGCUGAUGGUGGGUCCUCUAUGGGAUUUCUUAUUAGAGACGCUUUCACGGUGAAACUCACCAAUGGCACCGUCAUCAGGCCUAAUUCUGCAUUUGGGUGUGGAUACGACCAAGCUGGAUCUUUGAAACAGACACAAAUUACAGAUGGUGUUUUGGGUCUGAGUGGCGGUCCAUCAAGUCUUCCAUCUCAAUGGGAAAGGGAAGGCCUCAUCAAGAAUGUCAUAGGUAUCUGCAUUGCUGGAGGUGGGAAAAAGGGGGGAUACAUGUUCUUUGGUGAUGAACUUGUGCCUACCUCGUCCAUGUCCUGGGUUCCUCUGCUUCGCGGGCCAACUACAAAAUACUACCAUGUGGGAGCUGCACAGAUGAUCUUUGGUAGCAAACUUCUUGCAAAAGAUGGAGAUGAAAGAAGGCUAGGAGGCAUAAUAUUUGACACUGGCAGCUCAUAUACAUACUUCACAAAACAAGCUUAUGAUGCUCUUGUCGCUGCAGUCAAAGAAAGCAUUGGAAAACAGUUGGUACUCGAUUCAUCAGAUCGAGUCCUGCCACUCUGUUGGCAAGGGAAAAAAAAAUUCAGAUCCAUUGCUGAUGCAAAAUUGUACUUCAAAUCAUUAACAUUCAACUUCAAAAGCACCUCACCAUAUACCAGAAAUGCGCAGUUGGUAAUCCCGCCAGAGGGUUAUUUGAUAAUCAGUGCCAAAGGCAAUGUCUGUUUAGGGAUACUUGACGGCACCAGCGUUGCUCCAUACAAUGUGAUUGGAGACGUAUCUUUGCAGGGAUAUCUUGUGGUUCACGACAAUAGCAACAACCGGAUUGGCUGGAUCAACACGGAUUGCUCAAGGCUUCCUAAAUCUAGCCCACGGCGGUGGGCUUUAGAAGAUCCCCAACAGUUACCUGGAGAAGAAGCAAUUCCAUUUGCUCAAGAUCUUGGCAAAGGCGUCUGCCCUUCCACUUCCUUCUUUCUUCCGGACUAUGACACUCUUCAAUAAACAAGCCAUAAGACUCCCAGCAAAGGCACAAAUCUUUGUCAUUGUGUUCAACUAUACUGGAUAGCAGCAGGGCAAUGAAAAUGUUUCUACAUCUUGUUAUCUGUUGGUCAGAAUUCCUACACCAUUGUGACAUAGUAGCUGUUUGCGAGGUGAAUUUCAAAAUUUUGACGAAGGAAUACAAUCAGGGGAAUAUGCUUAUAAUUUUUCAAAGCAGCUAAAAUAUAAUGUGUCUUGGAAUACCCAUAUUUGUUGUGGUCAUUUUUUAAGUCCCUCGCACUGUCUACUGGGAUGACUAUACAAGCAAAUCUAAAUUAACUGAUAUGCAAAACCUUGAUUAGUAUUAAGGAAUAGGAUUAUACUGUACUCCUACCAAAGAGAUGGCUCUGUCUUAUGAAUGUAAAGGGGUCCAUUGGCCAUACAUGCCUCACUUUUUAUUAAAUAGAAACAAGUUGAUUUUUCUGUGGCUCUA